AGGAACACGCACCUACACGUGCACGUAUCCGGAGGCUAACCGGUGACCGUAGGCAGGCCAAGCUUAGAAUGGAUCAAGAGGGUUAGGGGUAGCACACUGAUGCAACGGUUAACGUUGCUGCUUCACAGUGCUUGGAUAUCUGGUUUUGCUCCAGCCAGAGUACCUUCGCUAUAGAGCUUGCAUAUUAUACUUACCCCUAUGUUUUUUUACUGGAGAUUCCAUUUUCAUCUCAGAGACAUGAAGGAGUAACCUUUUUGAAUUUUGCACAGCAUCAUAACUGUUCAGAAUGGCUCAGUUUGGGGGGCAGAAGAAUCCACCAUGGGCUACUCAGUUUGCAGCAACAGCAGUUUCACAGCCAACUGCCCUUGGGGUUCAGCAGUCAUCUUUGAUUGGGGCAUCACCUAGUAUCUACACUCAGCAAACAGCACUGGCAGCUGCAGCAGCUGCUGGUUUGACAUCUCAGACACAGACAACGUAUCAGCUUACCCAGACUGCAGCCUUACAGCAACAAGCAGCUGCAGUUGCAUUACAGCAGCAAUAUCAACAGCAGCAGCAACCCCAGCAGACAAUUUACAGUGUGCAACAGCAGUUGCCACAGCCUCAACAGACCUUGCUUACUCAGACUUUGCCAACUAGCCUUAGUCUGUCGACUCCUCAGCCAGCAGCACAAAUUACAGUAUCCUAUCCACGGUCUAGUCAGCAACAGACCCAACCUCAGAAACAACGGGUUUUUACAGGAGUAGUGACUAAACUGCACGACACCUUUGGAUUUGUGGAUGAAGAUGUUUUUUUCCAAAUGAGUGCUGUUAAGGGGAAAACACCUCAGGUUGGUGAUAGAGUACUUGUUGAAGCUACGUAUAAUGCCAACAUGCCAUUCAAAUGGAAUGCACAAAGGAUACAGACAUUGCCACAUCAGAGUCAAACACAGACACAGCCUUUAUUGAAGACAUCCCCAGCUAUGCUACAACCGAUUGCUCAGCAGACAGCAUUCAGUGUUCAAGCUCAGUCGCAGCCGCAGCCUCAGUCCUUGAUUCAAGCACAGUUGUCAGCAGCAUCCCUAGUGCCUCUUCUCCAGACACAGCCUCAACCUUUGCUGCAGCAGCCACAACAGAAAGGUGGUUUGCUGCAAACUCCAGUUCGGCUAGUACCCCAGCCACAAAUAGCCCGAAGACUUGACUCUGCUUCUAGAUUUUCUAGUAGAAAUGAAAGAAGUGAUGUCCCAUCAAAUAGAAAAGAAGACAGAAGCCGUGAACGAGACAGAGAACGCAGGCGAUCAAGUGAAAGGACGCCUCAGCGAAAAAGAUCAAGAGAACGGUCACCGAGAAGGGAAAGGGAGAGGUCACCAAGAAGGCAACGGCGUGGUGUGCCUCGUUAUACUGUACAAUUUUCCAAAUUUUCCCUUGACUGUACUUCUUGUGAUAUGAUGGAACUCAGACGUCGCUACCAGAAUCUAUACAUCCCUAGUGAUUUCUUCGAUGCUCAGUUCACAUGGGUGGAUGCGUUUCCUGUAUUCAGACCUUUUCAGUUGGGAAGUUAUUGCAAUUUUCAUAUAAUGAGCAGAGAAGUCGAACCAUUAGAAAAGAACAGUGCUAUCCUGGACCCACCUGAUGCAGACCACUGGUACAGUGCAAAGGUGAUGCUUCUGGCUAGCCCUAAUUUAGAGGACCUAUAUCAUAAAUCGUGUGCUCUUGCAGAAGACUCUCAAGAGGUUAAAGAUGGUUUUCAGCAUCCUGCACGACUCAUAAAGUUCCUAGUUGGUAUGAAGGGCAAAGAUGAAGCCAUGGCUAUUGGAGGACACUGGUCUCCUUCUUUAGAUGGACAGGACCCUGAGAAGGAUCCUUUGGUAUUAAUCAAGACUGCAAUCCGUUGUUGUAAGGCUUUGACUGGCAUUGAUCUGAGUGGGUGUACGCAGUGGUACCGUUUUGCAGAGAUUCGCUACCACCGCCCUGAGGAGACCCACAAGGGGCGUACAAUUCCAGCACAUGUGGAGACGGUUGUUUUAUUUUUCCCGGAUGUUUGGCAUUGCCUUCCCACCCGUUCAGAGUGGGAAUCCCUUUCCCGAGGAUACAAGCAGCAGUUGUUCGAGAAGCUCCACGCUGAACACAAAGAGGCUGAUGGAGAACAGGAAGAAGAAGAAAAAGAUGGUGGAGAAUCCAAGGAGACUUGUACACCUACCCACUGGUCAAAACUGGAUCCAAAGUCAAUGAAGGUGAGUGAACUUCGUGAUGAAUUAGAAAGCCGGGCUCUUGGUUCUAAAGGUUUGAAAUCGCAGCUAAUAGCUAGGCUGACAAAACAGCUUAGAGUUGAAGAACAAAUGGAAGAGCAAAGGGAGCAAGUAAAAUCUGAAGAGGAGGAAGAGGAGGACCCAAAGUCUGAAGAUGACAGGGAGAUUUGUGGGGAGUUUUCUAACUGUGCUGUUCCUGAAAAGGAAGAAGAGGAAGAAGAAGAUGGAAAACCAGAAGAUGAUAAAAAGGAUGAAGAAAAAAAACGUCAGGAAGAAACUGAGCGUCAGCGUCAUGAAGAAAAUGAACGCCAGCGGCGUGAAAGGCGUUAUAUUUUGCCUGAUGAACCUGCCAUCAUUGUGCAUCCUAACUGGGCAGCAAAAGCUGGAAAAUUUGACUGUAGCAUCAUGUCCUUGAGUGUUCUACUAGAUUACAGGUUGGAAGAUAACAAAGAACACUCUUUUGAGGUUUCCUUGUUUGCGGAGCUUUUCAAUGAAAUGCUGCAAAGGGAUUUUGGAUAUAGAAUAUACAAAGUACUGAUAGGGCUUCCAGACAAGGAUGAGAAGAAAGAAAAGGACAAAAAAGGCAAGAAAGAUGAAAAAAAGGAGAAGAAAGAAGAAAAAGAUGAAGAAAAUGUAGAACCAAAAACUAAAAGGAGAAAGUCUACAGAUGACAAAGAAAAAAAAGAUGAUGAAAAGGAGGAUAAAAAGAAAGAAAGCAAGAAAAUUGAGCUUAAAGAUGAUGAAGAAAAAGAAGACGACAGUAACCAGGAUGAAUAUGAUCCAUUGGAAGCAGAAGACUAUGAUGAGGAAGAAGAAAAAGAUGAAGAGGAUAGAGACAGAAAGGAUGAAAAAUCGAGGCAGUCUAAAGGCGUAUCUAAAGAUAAGGAAAAGAAACAGAUGAUCACAUCUGAUAGAAGUCUUCUGAUGGCAUUUGUUUAUUUUGAUCAAAGUCACUGUGGCUACCUGCUCGAGAAAGAUCUUGAAGAAAUUGUACAUACACUUGGACUACACCUCUCACGUGCACAGGUCAAGAAGCUGCUUACCAACAUAGUUGUCCGAGACUCUUAUUUCUAUCGUAAACUGACAGAUCGGCCUAAAGAUGAGGUCAAUCAGGAAGAGUAUGAGACUACUCAAGAAGAUAUUCUAGGAAACAAAUCACUCUUGCCAACCAUUGCUAGUGAGCAGGAACAAAGACGCACAGAAGAACAAGGCAGCUUAAUUCUCUACAAUGGAGCUAUGGUAGAUGUGGGAAGUCUCAUAGAGAAGUUAGAGAAGAGUGAAAGAGCUAGAAAGGACACUGAGCAAAAGAUGCUAUCACUUGAAGCAAAAAUAGAUGACAGCUCAAAAACUAUUCAGCACUUGGAAAAUUUAAACAAAAGUCUUUCCUUAGCACUCAGUGAUGUGAAAAGGGAUCUUACUGAGACAGAAGAGAAUCUGAAGACGUCAGAGUCCAUGAAAUCACGGUUUAAAGAACAACUAAGUAGCACAUCAAAAAGUUUAUCUUCAGCCUUGGAAGAAAUAAAUAAUGUUCUUAUAAAGGAUACUGUGAAGAGUGAAAACCAGGACAAAAAAUCAAAAGAAAAUGGAGCUAAUCUGUAGCACAACUGUUGUGUUCUCGAAAGAUAUAUGUUAAAUAAUGUAAUAUAUAUUGUAUUUAAAUAUUUUGGAGGAAUGCAUGUUUAAUUUUUAAUGCAGCCAUGAUGUUUUUAGUAAAAAGAUGUAUAAUAUUUUAAGACAAUGAAUAUACUUUAGAAUUUUGCUUGUAACUAGCAAAAAUUUAGUUCCUAAGGUAUUUUAAGAUGAACUUUUGUAAAGGCUAAUAAAGUUCAUCAGGUUAACAUUG